AUGAUGAAGUCAUUUCUGCUACUUGUGCUUGUGCUGACCAUGUCUGCUGUCUACAACGCUGAUGCUGGACCUGCUGCUGGAAAGAAGACGACGUUGGACCUGACCUCAGCGGUGCAUCAUGACCGGAACAGCAAAACUAUGCUGCGUGGAACCGACGGCUUUAACGAAGCCAGUCAAGAAGAGAGGGGUUUGGUAAAGAAGAUUUACAAAGGCGUCAAGAAAACAGCGAAAGCGGUGGGAAAGGGGGUCGUGAAGACUGCGGUGAUAAUCAAGGACAAGGCCGAGGAUGUUAAGGAGGUAUUGGCGGAAAAUAUAAGGUUAGGCAACCUGCAGAUAGCUGAAGAGUAUGAUAAACGCAGCGGUAAAAUCAUUUGGGUUUAG